AUGACAAUAACACACAUUGUAGGGGACCUUUUUGCAGCGCCUACUGGUUCUAUCCUCGUCCAUGCAUGCAAUACAAGAGGGUCAUGGGGGGCUGGCAUCGCGGCAGCGUUCAAACAACGCUUUCCUGAUGCGUUUGCGGAAUAUCAGGCUGCCUGCAAAAAAGACGGCCCAGCGCUUCUAGGGAGCUGCUUGCUGAUUCGUGGAGUGGAAUACGAUGUUGCGUGUUUGUUUACAUCCAAAGAUUACGGGAAACGAGUGGAUUCGCCAGACCAGAUCAUUGCGGCCACGCAGAGUGCGGUGGCUCAUUUGAUUGUCCAGAACAAGGACCCAAAGAAAGCACUGCAUGCUUGUCGCUUCAACUCGGGCAAGUUUGGAGUCGCUUGGGAUAGAACGGCAGAUGUGUUAAAUGGGCUCGAGGUGGAUAUUGCGCCACGCCAUGGUGAAGUUCCGCCUUUCACGACCCAGCACCCCCGUCGCCGGCCGACCAUGUCUUGGAACGCCGCGCCUCCCACUUACGAUGCCCCAACGACCCGUCUUCAACCUUACCUUGAACUCCCUCAUUUACUCUCCCUCACUUGGCUAGCCUAUCCUAUCCUCUCCCUUGUUUUUGUUGCAUUCCGACUUUCCCUCUCCCUAUCCAGCUCACAAGAUGCCGUCGUCAGCGCGAAGGCGGACUUUGUGGCCAGCUGUAAAGCAGCAGAGAAGGCUGCAACAGCUGCGGCCAGUAUGCCUCGUUAUAUGGCGUUAGCUACGAACGAACGCAUCGCCAACGCUGUCAACGACUCCAUGAAUGCCGCUCGAGCUACCCUCAUCCUCGCCCUUACAAUCAUGGAGGUCGUCAUCAACUUCAUUAUUGACCUUUAUCGGUCCACUUUCCUUUGCUUCCUCGAACUUGUAAUCAGAGGUGGUUUGGCCAUUCUUAUUGGCGCAGUACAAGAGUUGAAUGCUGUUGUUCAAGCAGCCGCCGGAGGGCUGCGCACAGUCAUACAAGACUCUUUUGGUGCAGCUAACAGCGCGUUGCAGGAUGUCGCCAAGGUCGCAAGCAAAAUCGGGAUCAGCAUUCCAACCUUGAGCGUCCCAGACCUCUCAUCGCUGCAAAACGUCACCCUUCCCCAGUCUUUCACCGACUCGCUCACUUCGCUUAACAACAGUCUGCCAACUUUUCAAGAGCUGAAAAAGGUCGUUGAAGAACUUGUCGACACACCUUUCGAGUUAUUGAAGAAAGACAUCAAUGAGACAUUCUCUGGUCUCUCUUUCAACUCCUCCGUCCUUGCGGUCCCUCAACAAAACACGUUGGAAUUCUGCACGGACCUCGACACUUCAUUCAUUGACGAUUUGGGACGGGAUCUGGCUAAAAUGACCAAAAUCGGCAUCAUUAUUAUCAUCGCCGCCAUCCUCCUCCUCAUUGCGCUGAAUUGUCUCCUCGAAUGGUACAAGUGGCGUUGCCAGCAACGUCAUCUCGAGUAUACUCGCCAAGCAUGGGCAACAGACCCUACUAUCUACCACCAGCAUGCUGUUGGAGCGCCAACCGUCACCCUCAGUGACCACAACCUCCUCAUGCUGGAGGCCGACGGAUCUCACCCUCUGCUGACCCGCAUUGCCAACAACAUUUCGGCCAAACUGCGACUCUCCACCAAUAAUCACAUUCGUUUUCGGUGGUCGUUGCAUUACAUUUUCCAUCCUCCUGCUCUGGCCUGUUUCCUGAUUGGGUUCUUCGGCUUACUCUCAGUCGAACUUCAACUUCUUGCGAUGGGUCCCCUUGUGGCCAAAUACUCAAACCAAGCUGCAAGCACGACGGCAGAUUUCAGUAACACGAUUGCCACUAGUAUCAACGCGAGCAUGUAUAACCAGAGUGCUACAUAUGCGGCUUCCGUCAACGGUCACGUUGAUUCCAUCCAGAACUCGGUCAACCAGGGCUUGUUCGGAUGGGUCAAUACAACGACAACGACUCUCAAUACAACCAUCGAGAAUUUCUACGAGGACGUACAAAAUGCUGUCGAGGUUGUGUUCAAAAACACGAUCUUGGACGCCCCAAUUCAAGAGUUCAUCAAGUGCCUUAUUGGAACCAAAGUUGACGCGAUCGAGAACGCGCUGACUUUCCUCCACGACAACCUGCACAUUGAUAUCCCUCGAGUCAACGACAGUGUUUUGGUCCUUUCUCCCGCGUCAGUCAACGAGGCUACUCAGCCAAUUGCAGCCGCAGCUCUUGGAAGUGGCGAUGGCAAGGAUGAUGGUGGUUUGGUUGGUCGUUUGGUGAAUGGCUAUGCUGCUAGCUUGCGCAAGGAGCGCAUCAUGUUCGGCAUCUUCAUGAUGUUGUGGGGCUUGGUUGUGUUGAUGGCAUUGGCCAUUGUCCUGUGGGACUGUUAUGGUCGGCGCCGCCAGCGUUUACCUGCUGCCUUCUCCAAUCCAGAACACCCAUCGACCUCGUUUCCCCCUCUCGCAGAAAGCAAAGAAGGAUCCGGUUUCAGACCUUUCGCCCUUGUGAGGUCUGCGGCGCACUCGGACCAAGGUAGUUUCUUCGAGAAACCGAAAUCAACUCGCUCGAAUUUGAGCACGAAGGAGAUCAGCAAACCCAUGAAGCUUCUUGGUCGUCGAGAACGCGAAGUUUACCUCGGUGAUCAAACGACAAGGAGCUCUCUGUCUCUGCAAUCUCAAGUCGAGUCGCGGCCAACUGGAUGGUUUGGCCGUGUCGCUGGUGUGUUCAGCAAGAAGCAGGAGGUGCCCACUAUUGAGCCCUAUCCCGCCUUUGCUCCGAACAGAAAUUCCGAUGCUGUACCCUCCCGGCCUACCCUCACGAUAACCACCAAUGAUCAAGCUAGUCGUGUCGACUCCGCGCCCGCGCCCGAAGCUCCCACGCGCUCCCGAUGGUCGGUUUCCCCCCAAAAUACUGCCGUACCUUGGGGCCGAGCAAGCAUUUGGGGGAAAAGUCCCACAUCCAAUGUCAAUCCAAACCCCACUGGCUUAUCACCACUUGCUAUGCCCUUGCACUCAGGUUUCGAAGCUCCUGGCAACAAUGUCGCUAGAAUGGUCCUUCCUUCGCAGCCGCCACACCACCCUGUUUCUGUACCAUCGGCGGACCCAUUUGACGACACCAAUUCCUCUCCCUCUGACGGUCCUGUUACCCGUCUUUUGACAACGACCAACGCUCGUCGGUCGUCACCAGUUGACCCUUUUGUUACACCCUUCGAUGACGAACAUCGUGUCACUAUAUCUCAUGUUAAUGCCCGCAAGAGCAUUCCAACCAACCCUUUUGCUACUCCGACCGCGUUUUAG